CACCUACAGAGUUUCUGCCCUAUCCUUCCAUCAACAAAGGCUACCUUUGAGAAUUAUUUUGAGAUGGGUAUGUCUGCCUCAGAGGCCUUCCACCACCAUGAGACAAAGCUUAUGCAGGAUUCUGUGUCAAUAAUGCUACUGGCAGAUAGAAAAUAUUGCCCCUCACUUACCGAUGUGAAAAACAUGUAUGGUAAAUGGCAAAUUGACAGAAAGGGGGCCCCUAAUGGACAAGAAAUGUUUAACACUCUUGAAGCCAUUAUUAAUGAGUAUAAUAAGAAAAAUUCUCCCAAAGGAGGGAAAUGCUUUCUGCAAACAUAUGAAAACUCUGGCAACUCAGAGAAGCCAUUGAUUGUUGCAAUAUGCACACCCCUUAUGAGCAGGGUUCAUCAUUUAACACAGGCAGGUGAAAUGGCCUUCCUUGAUGCUUCCGGAAGCCUUGAUCGAUUUAACAACCCAGUCUACUUUAUGUGCACCCACCACCCCGCUGGAGCUCUCCCACUGGGUGUGUGGAUUACAUCUGGCCAAUCACAACAUGUAACAAAACAAUGCCUGGAAAAGCUCCAAAAUGUUCUGCCCCAACAUGCCUUUGGUACUAGAGGGCCAAAAAUGGGUCCACAAAUUUUUAUGACUGAUGAUGACCAAGGGCAGAGGGGUGCUCUUUCUGACAUUUGGAAGGAAUGCCAACUUUUACUCUGCGCUUUUCACUUUCUUCAAGCUGUCUGGCACUGGCUAUUCAAUGCAAACAACAACAUCAACAAAGACGAUCGCCAACAUUUAAUGAGUCAUUUCCAGAAACUUGUUUACUCAGGGACAGAGAAAGAAUUUCUUUCAGCAGCAAAAAUUGCAUUAAAUGAUAAGCUUAAUGUCAAGUAUCCCAACUUUCAUGAAUACCUAAAAAGGUCAUUAAAGCGACACCGAGAAUGGGCCCUCUGUUGUAGAAGAAACCUAUUAACCAGGGGAAAUAACACUGAUAACUACACUGAAUCAAUGAUCAACAUAUUUAAGAGCGUGAUUCUUCAUCGUAUCAGAGCAUACAACUUGAUUGAGCUCUUUAAGUUUAUUACAGAAGACCUAGAAAUGUAUUUUCAAAGGAAACUGCUCGCCCUUGCUUUUGGCAAAACACAGAAUCUCCAUCUAGCUCCAAGGUGCUUUGGUGCAACAGGCCUAACCGUGCAGCUUAGCAUGAUCACGCAAAACAGUUCUGACCCUUGCAAAUUCCUUGUUCCCAGCAGAUCUGAUUCAGGAGUCACCUAUGAGGUCAACUGCCAAACUGGUAUCUGUUCUUGCCCCAUGGGGAGCAAUGGCAACCCCUGUGCACAUCAAGCUGCUGUUGCCCUAAAACAUGGAAUUGCAGGGAUUAACUUCAUUCCACAGAAACCCGAGGAAAGAUUUAACCUUGCAAAACUUGCCAUUGGAAACCAUCAGGAACUCCAGCUACAUAAAUUUGUCCACCUGCAUGAAAGGACAUCCAUCGACUUGUGUGUUGACAGCAAUGACCAUGUUGUACCCAUGGACACAGACUCAUUGGCUACUCCAGCAGAUGACUCUUGUGGCAGCCCAUCACCAAAGAAAGAAGUGGAAUUGAAAGACAUACUCAAACUGCACAAACAAGUAACCGAUGACAUUGAAUUGAAGCUAAAAACAACUGACAACAACUUCAGGGCCUGCUAUAUGAAAUAUAUGGAAGUGUAUAGAAAAAUAAUUUCAAAAGCAAGAGGUCAGGCUCCAGUUGCAGCACUUGCAACAGCUUUUGUGAAUUUUGGGAAAGAUCGAAAUGGGCUAACCCUACCUAUUCUUCACAAUAGUAGGGCCAAAAUCCGAGUGCAGCCCACAUCAAUAUCAAGACGAAAGUCCAAGGCAAAAUCUUCAAGAUCACAAGUGCCAGGUCGAAAGCCAUCACUAAACGGAGUAAAGGGAUUAAGAAAAGGUGACAAACAGCAACUAAAGUUAAGAAAGACUGCCUCCAGCUCAAAACGCAAACGUAAUCUGGCAGAAAAUGUCAAACUGAACCUUCCAAAUGCUGGACAUGCCCGCUAA